AACAUGUUUCCUGUAUCUAGCCUGUUCAAUCACUGAAUUAUUGUAUUUGUUUAAUGUAUUUGUUCUCUCUGCAUCAGAGUUAAUUAUGUCUUUAUUCUCUGGAGCGCAGAAGGUUAAGGGGGGACCUGAUAGAGGUCUUUAAAAUGAUGAGAGGGAUAGACAGAGUUGAUGUGGACAAGCUUUUCCCUUUGAGAAUAGGGAAGAUUCAAACAAGAGGACAUGACUUCAGAAUUAAGGGACAGAAGUUUAGGGGUAAUAUGAGGGGGAACUUCUUUACGCAGAGAGUGGUGGCGGUGUGGAAUGAGCUCCCAGUGGAAGUGGUGGAGGCAGGUUCAUUGGUAUCAUUUAAAAAUAAAUUGGAUAGGCAUAUGGAUGAGAAGGGAAUGGAGGGUUAUGGUACGAGUGCAGGCAGGUGGGACUAAGGGGGAAAACAAUUUGUUCGGCAUGGACUUGUAGGGCCGAGAUGGCCUGUUUCCGUGCUGUAAUUGUUAUAUGGUUAUGUGUGUCGGCUUUGCACUGUCCACUUCCUCAUUUUAGAGUGAAUUCACACGUUGCUUUCGGUUUCGUCGGAAACCCCAACGCCUGUUGUUUGCCGCUGCUGUCGGUCCCGGCUGGGUUCACCGAGUCCCCGUGGAGAUUCUCCCCGUUCACCUCGAUCCUCAAGAGCCCGCACUGGUCGCCUGGGCUCCCGCCCGGACAUGUUGUUGUGUGUCGCCCGUCUCCUGCUGCUGCUGCUGUUGCUGCUUUCACUGUUCGCGCUGGACGCGGAAGCAGAAACGGGUGAAGUGGUUGGUUUCCUUGGUUCGUCAUUUUUACUGGAUCCUAAAAUCACGGUUGAUCCCAGCAAGUAUGAGAUGUUUUGGACUUUUCAUGGCAGCAUCGAAAGCACUGUUAUUUUGGAUCAUGUCCCAGGUCUAUUCACAAUGGAACCAAGUGAACAGUUCAAGAACCGGACACAGUUCAAUGCUACUAAUGGUGCACUGAUGAUAUAUGGGCUAAAAGCCAGUGAUGAGGGAAAUUUCACCUUAACUGUAGAUGGCAAAGAUUUGAAAACAAUACAACUGCUUGUCAUUGCUAAAAUGAAAGAAGUGAUUGGUAUCCUUGGUUCAUCAGUUUUAUUGGAUCCUAAAAUCAAGGUUGAUCCCAACAAGAAUGAAAUUCUUUGGACAUUUGUUGCCAGUAACAAAAACCGUGACAUUAUUAUGGAUCACAUCCCAAAUAUUGCCACAAUGGAACCAAGUGACCAGUUCAAGAACCGCUUGCAGUUUUUUGCUUCUUCUGGUGGACUGAGAAUAAACGGAUUAAAAGCCAGUGACCAAGGAGAUUAUAUCUUUUCUGUGGAUGGACAAGAGUUCAGAGUAAUGCAAUUACUUCUCAAUGAUAAAAUAAAAGAAGUAAUUGGUGUCCUUGGUUCAUCCGUUUUAUUGGAUCCUGAACUCAAAGUUGAUCCCAGUCAGAAUUAUAUCAGUUGGACCUUCUAUGGCGACUAUAUUUUAAGUCACAUCCCGGGUCACAAAACAAUGGAACCAACUGACCAGUUCAAGUCUCGUUUGAAGUUUAAUCUUUCCAUGGGCACUCUGACGAUAAAUAAAUUACAACAUGGUGACGACGGAAAUUACACAUUUCUUAUAAAUAACGAAGAGAUGAAAAUAUUACAACUGCUUAUCUUUGCGCUUACUGAUGACGUCAUCAGAGCGACGUCCCGGGGCUCCGAAAAACUGUCAAAUGUUUCGUUAUUGACAGAAGAAAGAUUCUUGGGAUUCCUCGUCAAUCUCAGAUGUGACGUCACUGGAAAUCCGACUGAGUAUCAAUGGUGGAAAGAUGGAGUGGAAAUUUCCCCGCAUCACAAACUUACAGAAGAGAACAGGACACUUGUUAUCACACGUAGUUUGGUCAGUGACUGUGGAACGUAUACCUGUAUCGCCAAAAAUCCCAUCAGCUCCAUCAAGCAAGAUUACAAUUUAAUUCUUCAUGGUCUCUCUGAGAAGGACAGUAUGAUUGUUAUUGUGUCGGUUGCAGGACUGGUGAUUUCUUCCGCAUCUCUUCAUCCAGCUAUGAUGCCGUACCACUGUAGGAGGAACCCACAAGGAGCAUUUCUUGGAAGUACAUUUGCUUUCUACGAAAUAAUGGUUGAUUUUUCCACCAACAUUGCAUUGUUGUUGUUGUCAAUCUAUGAAGGUGCUUCGCCAUUGACUGUCCUAAUGAUGAAUACAUGCACCUCAGCACUGUUGCUUUCUUCAACAUAUAUUCAAACAUUUGUGGACCAACUCCCGGAAUCAGGCAUAGGUAUCUAUUGCAGCCUAAUUCUUUACACCUGGAUAUGA